AUGCAAUUUCGCAAAAAUGCUAUUGGAAUAACAUCAGAUAUUAAAAAGGCCUUCUUACAAAUCAGUUUGAACCCAAAGGAUAGAGAUUAUUUUAAGUUUUUAUGGUGGAAAGAUUUUUCAAGAAGAGAGGAAUUGAUCACUCUGAGACAUUGUCGAGUGGUAUUUGGUGCUUCUCCUAAUCCAUUUUUACUUGAGGCAACGAUAGCUCAUCAUCUAGAGAAUGUCUCAGAUGGAAGGAAGGAAACAGCUCGUCAACUUCAAAAAUCCUUUUAUGUAGAUAACUGCAUAACUAGUUUAGAAACUAGAGAAGAGGCAGCCAAAUUUAUUUCUGAAGCUAAAGAACUAAUGUCUGCAGCCAAAUUUGAUUUACGAGGUUGGGUUACUUCUGAAGAAAUUGUAUAA